AUGCAAAAUGCAAUACAAAUAGUUUUCCCUGAUACGAAGCACAGAUGGUGUUUAUGGCACAUUCUAAAGAAAUUGCCAGAGAAGUUUGGUUACCAUGUGGACAAAGGAUCUAUAUUUUUGACUAUACACGUAUUGGUGUAUGAUUCACAGAAUGUCGAAGAAUUCGAGGCCGGUUGGAAAAUAAUGAUAGAUAAAUAUGAGUUGCAAGACAUUGAAUGGUUGUCAGGUCUUUACGAAAAUAAAGGUCGAUGGGUUCCUUGCUUUCUAAAAACAUCGUUCUGGGCCGGAAUGUCAUCAACACAACGAUCUGAGAGUAUGAAUGCCUUUUUCGAUGUAUAUGCUCACUCGAAAACAUCGCUAAAGCAAUUUGUGGAACAGUAUGAACGUGCACUACGGAACAAGGUGGAGAAGGAGUUCCAAGCUGAUUUCAAGUCAUUUUCGCAAAUGGUUCCGUGUGCAACGACGUAUGAAAUUGAGCAGCAAUUUCAGGCAGUAUACACAAUUUCAAAAUUUAGGGAAGUGCAGGUGGAGUUCGCAGGGAAGGUAUAUUGUGACAUCAUAUCUACGGCGGAUGUUUAUUCGGGGUCGACCUACGAGGUAUGCGACGAUGUGCUAUGCAGGGAUCGGCAUGCAAUCGCAGUACUCAUCCGUAAUGACGUUCGUGUACUCCCAGAUAGAUAUGUACUUCGAAGAUGGAGGAGGGAUGUUAGUAGAGCACACACCAGGGUCGCUGUUAGCUAUAGUGGAUUGGUCAGCACUCCCGGACAGUUGCGUUAUGAUAGAAUGUGUCAGGCUUUCGCUACCAUUACCAAUCUAGCUGCAGAAGAUGAAGGUCGGACCCUUGCAAUUAUGGAAUGGAUAGGAGUUCAAGAGAAGGAACUCAUGAGUUCGAGGUCAAUUAGCGGAAGCAAUGUUGUACUGCAACGUACUACUCAAGUGUCAUCGAACAACAUAGGUUCGCAAAAGAAUGUAAGUUGCACAGUACUGGACCCUAACGCGGUGAACAAGAAGGGUGCACCUAAAAGAGUUCGGAGAAAGGGCCCGUUAGAGUCAACGUCAAAGAAGGCAACGGCUCCAUCGAAAGGCAAAAGACCAACUGCUAGGCGUACUUAUCCACCAGAUGGUGCAUCGUCCAUUCAAGCUCAUCAACAACAUGAUUUGUCAAUGCCCAUUCCGUUCUCCUACUCGCAGCUCUUGUUGGGUGACCAUGAUAGCCAAGUGUUUCCACAACAAUUACCGAGUUCCACACCGAUCCAUCCGUCCUCGACCCAUCCAACAUUCAAUUCUCAAGGUCAUGCACAUCCUUACUACUAUCCAGAGGAAUGGCAUCAAGGUGGCAAUGAGUAG